AUGUACUUUAAAUUGAAGCCGAUUUCAAAUCCAAAAUUUAUCAAAACUAGGACUGUGGCAUUUGCAGUUAAGCCUAAAAUUGAAGUUGAGUUAGAACGUUUAUUAAGUGAAUGUGUUCUUGAAAAAGUUACUCACAGUGAAUGGGCUACUCCUAUAGUACCAGUUCCUAAGUCAAAUGGGGACAUUAGGAUAUGUGGUGAUUUUAAAGUCACCAUCAAUCCAGUCUUAGAAGUCGACCAGCAUCCUCUUCCACAAAUUGAACAUAUCUUUGCAUCUCUAGGGAAAGGCAAGAAAUUCUCUAAAAUUGACUUAAAAAACGCGUACUUGCAACUUGAAGUUGAUGAUGAAAGUAAGAAGCUCUUAACGAUAUCAACUCAUAAAGGUUUAUUCCGGUACAACCGUCUUGUAUUCGGUGUGGCCUCCGCGCCAGCUAUAUUUCAACGGUUAAUUGAGCAGAUCAUGGAAGACAUUCCUAAUGUUCAAGUUAUUCUUGAUGAUAUGAUCAUAACGGGAUCUGAUGACAAGGAACAUCUUGAAAUCCUUGAACAAGUAUUAAAGAGGUUAGACGAGUAUGGUCUUCGCGUAAAUGUAGAGAAAUGUAAGUUUAUGGAGCCAAAAGUUGAAUUUUGUGGGCAUGAAAUUGAUGCGGAUGGACUCCACAAGACAGAUGCAAAAAUUGCUGCAAUUGUAAAUGCACCUGAAAUUAAGAAUGUGAAAGAUCUGAGAUCAUUUUUAGGUCUAGUACAGUAUUAUGCCAAAUUCCUUGAAAAUCUCUCAACAAUACUACAUCCAUUACACCAAUUACUACAGAAAAAUGCACGUUGGAAAUGGACAAGUGAUUGUGAUAAGGCAGUUCAGACAGUCAAGAAAAUGAUCACGUCAGAUCUUGUGUUGGUCAAUUAUGAUCCAGACUUGCCAGUUAUUUUAGCUUGUGACGCGAGUUCUUUUGGCCUUGGUGCUGUACUAAGUCAUAGACUGCCGAAUGGAACAGAACGACCAAUUGCAUUUGCGUCUCGUAGUCUCUCAUCCGCGGAGAGAAACUAUAGUCAAAUAGAUAAAGAGGGCUUAUCGAUAGUUUGGGGAAUUAAGAAAUUUCAUCCAUAUGUAUUUGGUCGAGAGUUUCUGUUGAUUACGGAUAAUAAACCUCUCUUGUCAAUUUUUGGUCCGAAGAAAGGCAUUUGUUCGACUACAGCUGCUCGACUGCAACGAUAUGCCUUAUUUCUCAGCGGAUACCGUUUCGAAAUUCAGUAUAAGUACACAAAGCAUCACGGUAACUGUGACGGAUUAUCUAGAUUGCCAUUGCAGUAUGUUGAAAGUCAUCAGUUAGAUGAAACUGACAUAUUUUACAGUCAUCAGUUUGAUAAAUUACCUAUUACAAGCAAUCAAGUUGCUUUAGCAACACAAAGAGACUUAGUUCUGUCAAAAGUGUAUGAACAUGUAAUCAAAGGACAUGAAAUAAGUGAAAUGUCAAGAGUGUAUGAACCUUACAAAACUAGAUUCAAAGAACUUUCUGUAUACCAAGGUUGCCUAAUGUGGGGUAUACGAUUAGUCAUUCCACAAACAUUAAGACAAGCUGUUCUUAAUGAGCUACAUGUUGGACAUGUUGGUAUAGUUAAAAUGAAGUCCCUUGCUCGUAGCUAUGUGUAUUGGCCCGGAAUAGACACUGAUCUAGAGAGCAUCGCACAGUCAUGUUCUGGGUGCAUGAUGUCAAAGUCCAGUCCACCGGAAGCACCAAUACAUCCGUGGGAAUAUCCUAGUAGACCAUGGUCUCGAGUUCAUGUUGAUUUCGCAGGUCCAUUUAUGGGAUACAUGUUUUUUGUGUUAGUCGACGCUUAUUCAAAGUGGCCAAUAGUUAAAAUUAUGCAAACAACAACCACUUCGAAGACAAUAGAGAUUUUGCGAUCAAUAUUUGCAGAUUUAGGUAUUUGCGAUGAACUAGUGAGCGACAAUGGACCUCAGUUCAUUAGAGAUGAAUUUCAGAAAUUCUUAAGUCAGAAUGGUGUUAAACAUAUUAGAGGAGCACCAUAUCAUCCAAAAACAAAUGGAUUGGCGGAGCGAUUUGUGCAAACAUUUAAACAAGCAUUAAAAGCUUCUAAAAAUGACUCUGGAACUUUACAGACAAAAUUAUCUAGAUUUUUAAUGCAGUAUAGAAAUAGUGAGCAUAGCACAACAAAGGAGACACCUGCAAAACUGAUGUUUGGGCGUACACUUACUACUCGUUUCGAUAAAUUCAGACCAAGUUUACAAAAUCGGGUUGAGAAAGCGCAAUCGAAAAUGGUAAGAUCUACAUCUGAUAGAAAUUAUUUAGUGGAGGAUACUGUUAUGAUACGUGAUUAUCGUGAAAAGUAUGAAAAAUGGAUUCCAGGAGUAAUUAAAACGCAAACUGGUCCGGUCUCAUAUAGAGUAGAAAUUAGUCCUGGUGUAUCAUGGAAACGGCACGCAGAUCAGAUUCGAGCAGCUGAUGUUUAUCCGUCAAGGUUACAGUCACAAGAUCCUAAUUUGGUAGUUACUGAACGACCAUCUGAGAUUCCGGCUGAAGUUGUUAAGCAACCAACAAAGAUACCAGUUGUUCCUGAAACUUCUGCAAAUCUGCCUGUUCCUGAGCUUCGACGUUCAAGUCGCACAAUAAAGAAACCUGAUAAGUUAAAUUUGUGA